AUGUCGUCUGCCAAUCGAUUAAAUCAUAGAAGUGUAUUAAGAGAGAAAACUCUUAAUUUUUUAAAUGUGCCAAUAGCUGAUUACCUCACUCAAUAAAAGCCAAUUACAGAGGAUUCAUAGUAUAAAGCCUUUUAAAGAAAUCUUUAACUUUAAAAACAAAUUCUAAAUGAAUAAGAUGAUGUUCAUCAAUACUAAACUGAAUUAUUUACAAAAUCAGUUAAAUAAGAGAGAGUACCAAUAAUUGUAAAUCGUCCAUCAGUCUAACAUUUUAAACCAACCUUACCGAAUGAUUUUGCUAUUCCAAAUAGAAAAUCAGAAACAAUUAUAAAGUAAAUAUCUAGAAUAGAUGAUGAUUUGGAUCAAUUAGCUAAAAUCUUCUAUUAACGUAAACUUUUGAUGAAAGCUUACAAUGCAUUAGAAUAACAUGCAGAAAGAAAGAAUAUUCAAAUUGCUGAUGAACACAGAGAACUUUAGAUCUUCAAAGCCUUUUUCUAAUAAUUAUAAAAGAAAUAAAUGAUCUAGAAUUUUAAGAGAAGUCUAAAACAAAAAUGAAUUACUCUACAUUUUGACUUGUUUUAAUAUAUAUGCACUAUUGAUAAACUUAGAAA